GUUUGCGCUAAAAAAGGAUGUGUUUGCCUAUUUGAAUAGAUGUAUUCUGAUAUUAUUCUAGUGCGAAAUGUUUUCGAGGAUGUCAAAAUGCCAUCGCAAUAUAAAUAUGGAUGUAUAUAUUAAAUUGUGUAAAACAUCGUGAAAAAUAUCACGGAAUCAGUUUUAGAAUUAUUACUUGUUCAGUAUUCGGUAUUCCAAAUCAGUUGUAAUACAGCAAUCAUGGACAGCGUUAGUCCUGUUAAAUAUUUCUUAAGCGGUGGAUUUGGCGGAGUAUGCACUGUCGUAGCUGGUCAUCCUUUAGAUACUAUAAAGGUACGUCUUCAGACAAUGCCAGUACCAGGACCUAAUGAAUUGCCUCUCUAUUCGGGUACAUGGGAUUGUGCUAAGAAAACAGUUACCAAAGAAGGAAUACGUGGUUUAUACAAGGGUAUGGCUGCACCAUUAUCUGGUGUUGCUCCAAUAUUUGCGAUAAGUUUUUUCGGAUAUAGCGUCGGGAAGAAGCUGCAACAGACUUUUCCGGAUGAAAAACUCUCGACAUUGCAAUUGUUUUAUGCCGGCGCUUUUAGCGGCAUAUUUACGACUAUUAUAAUGGCCCCAGGCGAACGUAUCAAAUGUCUACUACAAAUACAACAUGCAGAUGCGAAACCAAAGUAUAAUGGACCGCUAGAUUGUGCGAAACAAUUGUAUCGAGAAGGGGGCAUUAGAAGUAUUUAUAAAGGCACCUGCGCUACACUGUUAAGAGAUAUUCCAGCCGGUGGAAUGUACUUCAUGACAUAUGAAUAUCUAAAGGAACAGUUUACUCCUGAGGGAGGGAAACUCAGUUUACCAGCCACCAUAAUAGCUGGUGGUUUUGCAGGCAUUGCAAAUUGGUUGAUAGGAAUGCCACCUGAUAUCUUGAAAAGCCGUUUACAGACUGCACCAGAAGGUACAUACAAGAAAGGAGUACGUGAAGUAUUUUUCAAACUAAUGAAAAACGAGGGACCAAUAGCACUUUACAAAGGUGUUGUACCAGUUAUGCUGCGAGCUUUCCCUGCAAACGCAGCUUGUUUCAUGGGCUUUGAAGUUUGCAUGAAAUUUUUGAACUGGUUCACGCCAAAUUUAUAAUUUAAGCUGCGCAUGACGCGCAUGUAAUUAAAUGAAGACAUCCUAUCUAUCUUGAUAUCGAUCGCUUCUUUUGUUAAACGAUUCAUACAUUAAGCGUUUGCAAAAGGAUUAAUUUUAUCAUGAACAAGUUUACACAAUUUAUUUUUUUUGGCCUCGCAGAAAUCUCAAAAUAAAUCUCAAGAACAGAUUAUAUAUAUACAUAGAGUGUGAAAAUAAUAUAAUAUAGUUUGAUAAUAAAUAAAUAAUAUAAUUAAUAUAAUUUGCGCAGGAGAAAAGAAUUAAAUACAAAUAAAUGAAAGUAUGAUAUCAGGGAUACUUGUAUAAUCUUAUAUGGGAUAUUAAGUUUUAUAAAGAUUUAAAUAUAUAUCAAAUUUUAAACGCAUUAUUGUACAGGAAUUGUGAUAAUAAUUCCUAAGACAUAUGGAAAGACUGCUCAAUAAUCAAUGAUAUAUAUAUAUGCAAAUCUUAUAUAUGUGUAUUAUACAUAUAUAUAUAUAUAUAUAUAUAUAUAUAUAUAUAUAUAUAUAUAUAUAUACACAAUUAGUUAUAUUUGUAUAUUGUACAUUAUAUUGCAUAUGAGAAAAUGUAUAAUCAAUAUUAUAAUGGAGUAAUUCUAUAAUAUGUUUUAUGUACAAGACUUUUCUCCAAGGAAGAUCGCACAAUAUACAUAUAACAAAUAAAAAUCCGAUAUAUAGAAUUAUAAACAAAUAAUCAAAAAAACUGUGUAUUGAUGUAUAAAAUAAAGUUUUCUAUUCUGUUA